UUCUCGCGUGCCAGCCACAGCUCUGGAGUCUUCCCUGCUCUCCCAGCUUGGCGGCCGGACCGGUGAGAUGACGGCGGAGGUGUUGCCAACUGCGAGGUGGCAGUACUGUGGAGAGCCCGAAGAGAGACGUAAAGCUGUACUGGUCCGGUUCUCCAAUGGGAAGCUGCAGAACCCAGGCAACAUGCGCUUUACAUUGUACAACAACAACGAUUCCGAAAACCCCAGAAAGAAGAAUCAGCGGAUUCUGGCAGCUGAAACAGAUAGACUUUCCUACGUUGGAAACAAUUUUGGGACAGGAGCCCUCAAAUGCAACACUCUGUGCAGACACUUUGUGGGAAUUUUGAAUAAGACCUCUGGCCAAAUGGAAGUAUAUGAUGCUGAGUUGUUCAACAUGCAGCCGCUUUUUGAAGAUGAAUCAUUUGAGAGUGUACCAGCUCUGGAGAGUCAGACCAGAAGUUUCAGAGAAAAGAUGGAUUCUUGCAUUGAAGCCUUUGGAACCACCAAACAGAAGCGAUCUCUAAACUCUAGGAGAAUGAACAAAGUUGGUAGUGAAUCUUUGAAUCGUGCAGUAGCUAAAGCUGCAGAGAACAUCAUUGAUACAAAGGGUGUGGAUGCUCUUGUUAGUGAUGCCAUUCAGGAUGACUUACAAGAUACCUCUGUGUACCUUCCUCCCUGCCAUGAGGAUGCAACCAAGCCUGAAGACGUGUAUAAAUUUGAAGACAUUCUGUCCCCUGCGGAGUAUGAAGCUCUCAAGAUCCCGUCAGAAACUUUCAGGAAAGUCACAUCAGAGGAAAUCCUGAAGAUGAUUGAAGACAACAGGUACUCCUAUUUCAGCAGAUGGCUACCUGCCACUGACUGCCACUGGGAAGGGAGGUUGGAAAAUAGGAGUUUCCUGGGACCCGGAAUUCCCCACAUCAUCUCCUCCAAACUGCUAAAGCAGUUCACCUGCUUGUCUUAUAACAAUGGCAGUUUACAGAAUUUAAUCUCAAAUUCCAUGAAGGCGAAGAUCACUGCAUAUGUUAUCAUUCUUGCCUUGCACAUAAACAACUUCCAGAUUGACCUGACAGUGUUACAGAGGGACUUAAGGCUCAACAAGAAAAGGAUGAUUGAGAUAGCAAAAGCCAUGAGGCUGAAGAUCUCCAAAAGCAAGUUACCUCUGGCAGACAGCAUGGAGGAGCAGCAUAGACUGGGUACUCUGUCCAUCCCACUGCCUCCAGCCUAUUUUUUGGAACACCAGUCAAAGAGGAAGAAAGUUAUCUAGAUGGGUACUUUCUCGGUGAAGCAUUUGACCACCUUAUAGCCGCUUAGCUCAUUUCGAUUUUUAUUUUGUGCUGGUGCUGAGGACUCAGGGCCUAAGUGCUCUUCCUGAGCUUUUUGUUCAAGGC